AUGGGUCAGGCAGGCAGCCUUGAACACACUGUCCACCAUCGACCUCGGAUUCCCUUCAACCAGUUCAAGCUCAGCCACAGCUUCAUGCCUUCCUCAUCUCGCAUCUCUUCUUCUGGGGCUGCAGGCAGCAGACAUGGAAGCCGCUGUGGUCUGGGGGGCAGCUCCGCCCAGGGCCUGCAAGGGGGAGCCAGCAGCUGUGGCCCGGGUGUAAGGUCUAGUGCUGGCUUUGGAGGGGGCAUUGGUGGAAGCAGUUUAGGAGGAGCCUCGGGUUGCAGAGCUGGCUCUAGUGGGGACUCUGGAUUUGGUGGCGGUGCUGGAGCAGACUUCUAUAGCUACGGUGGCGGCAUGGCAGGUGGUGUUGGCCAUGGGGGGCUUCUCUCUGGAGGUGAAAAGGAAACCAUGCAGAACCUCAAUGAUCGCCUGGCCAACUACCUGAACAAGGUCAGAGCCCUGGAGGAGGCCAACACUGAUCUGGAGAGCAAAAUCAAGCAGUGGUAUGACAAGUUUGGACCUGGGUCCAGAGAUGGCGAAUCUGGAAGAGAUUACAGCAAAUACUAUCCAGUGAUUGAGGAGCUCAGGAGCCAGAUUGCCAACACCACUGCUGAAAAUGCUGCGAGGAUUCUGCAGGUUGACAAUGCCAAACUGGCUGCUGAUGACUUCAGACUGAAGCAUGAGAACGAGCUGUUUGUCCGACAGAGCGUGGAAGCCGACAUCACCGGACUUCGCCAAGUCCUGGGCGAACUGACCUUGGGCCGCUCGGACCUGGAGAUGCAGGCAGAGAGUCUCACUGAGGAGCUGGCCUUGCUCAAGAAGAACCACGAGGAGGAAAUGAGGAACAUCUCAACCAGCUCUGGAGGAGACGUGAAUGUAGAAAUGAAGGCUGCCCCGAGAACCGACCUGACGGCUUUGCUGAAUGACAUGCGGGCACAGUAUGAAGAGCUGGCUGAGCAGAACCGUCGCGAAGCGGAGGAGCAGUUCAAUAAGCAGAGCGCGUCCCUACAAGCACAGAUCUCCACAGAUGCUGGAGCGGCCAGUUCCGCCAGGAAUGAGAUAGCUGAACUCAAACGUACACUGCAAGCCCUGGACAUUGAGCUUCAGUCCCAGCUGGCCAUGAAAAGCUCACUGGAAGGAACACUGGCCGACACAGAGGCUGGCUACGUGGCUCAGCUGUCAGCCGUUCAGAGGCAGAUCAGCAGCCUGGAGGAACGGCUCUGCCAGAUCCGGGUGGAGACGGAAAGCCAGAACGCGGAGUAUGAGUGCUUGCUGGACAUCAAGACGCGCCUGGAGGUGGAAAUCGAGACCUACCGCCGCCUGCUUGAUGGAGAGACACGUUCUGGCUCUGAUUAUAGAAACCUAGGAUCCAGGGACUCAAGCUCUGAAAAUUCUGGCCAAGGAAGAGAUCCCAACAAGACGAGAGUGACCAAGACCAUCAUAGAGGAGGUGGUGGAUGGCAAAGUCGUCUCAUCCCAAGUGAGCAGUAUUUCCGAGGUGAAGAUCAAAUGA